AUGCCCGACGCGCUCUGUGUUGUGGGCUCCAUGUUUGGAAUAGUUCUACUCCCUUUAUGUGUUGCAGGCUCAGAGGAAGGACAGCAAGAAUGUGGCCCCUGCUACAUGAUAAACAUGGGCGCUGUGGUCGGCAUCUUCGCCUCAGACAUUAUCUUGACCGUCUUCCUCAUCAUCUCUGUGUUCUACUUAGCAAGUCGCCAAGGGAGAAGAAGGGAGCGAGAGUCUCACGAUGGUAGAAGAAAUCUAUCUUUAUCUGCUUCAAAGAAAAUGACGCCAGAAGUCACAGAAUCUCCAUACCAGGAACUACAUGGAGUGCAGUCAGAUAUCUACAAUGAGCUUCAACACUUUAGGAAAUGACAGAAUGUGGAAAACA